CUAUAUCCCAACCUCUUGUCUCUUCCUCCUUUCUUCUUCUUCUGCUUCACUCUCACUCCUCCACACUUUGAGCUCAGAGUUCGAGAAAAGCAACACCAACAUGGGCUGCGUUUCUUCCAAUCUAUUCAACCACGACGACGACUUCUCCCAGCUCGGCAGCUCCGCCUUGAGCCACCACAUCGUCUCCCUCACCUCCUCCACCUACGGCCUCCUCACCCUCGACCCCCCACCCCCUCCCACCACCCCACCUUCUCGAUUCACAUUGGGUUCCAUCUUCCCCAGCUCCCUGUCGGAGCCCAGAUCGCUCUGGUCCGACCCGAAGCCCCUCCGGUCCGACCCGGAAGUCAUCAACUCAUGGGAGCUCAUGGCCGGCCUCGACGCCGACAGCUUCCGGUUCUCGCCGCUCCCGCCGCCGAAACCCUUCUCGAUUCGGACCCCGAAAACCGCGGAUAAAGAGAACUCCAACCCGAACCGGUCUGUUUUAGUCAAAGGCCCGCUCGACCGGUUCGAGAGUAUAUGCCCGCCGGGGGGAGAGAAUAAACUGGUGCUGUAUACGACGUCGUUGCGGGGAGUGCGGAAGACUUUCGAGGCGUGCAAUGCGGUCCGGGCGGCGGUGGAGAAUCUCGGCGUGAUGGUCUGCGAGCGUGACGUGUCGAUGGAUCGCGGAUUCCGAGAAGAGCUGAAUGACUUGAUGGAGGGGAAAGGCAGAGACGCGGCGGUGCCGCCGAGGUUGUUUGUGAAGGGAAGAUAUGUGGGUGGAUCCGAGGAGGUGUUGAAGAUUGUGGAGGAGGGGUUGUUGGGGGAGAUUCUAGAAGGUCUGCCCAAGAAGCGGGCCGGGUCGGUUUGCGAAGGGUGCGGAGAAGCGAAAUUCUUGCCGUGUUUUCAGUGCAAUGGGAGUUCAAAGAUGGUGCUGGUGGUGAAAGAGGAGGUGGUGGUGGGGCAGAGGCAGGGAGGCGGCGGCACGGUGGUCGUGAGGUGUCCCGAGUGUAAUGAGAAUGGGUUGGUGCUCUGCCCAAUUUGUAGCUGAUUUUUUCUGAUGAAGCAGAAAGCUCAAAGCUUGGGUUUUGUAAGAUGUUUCUGAAUUCUGUCUAUUACAGUAAGAUAUUGGGGACUCUUCUUGAGUUUCUGGAAAAUAUGACUCUCUCUCUUUUUUUUUUAUCUGUUUAUAUAUGUCUGUUGCGGUUUGGGAAGAUCUUCUAUUUGCUUCAACAAUGCAUAGGUUUAAAAUACAUGAACAAACAAUUAGAGAGAUAAAGGAGCAGGCUUUUCCAUCAUAGAACUAUUGAUUCAUAAUGCCAGGUUAAAUUACAUGGAAAGAACGGAGUGACUGAAACUGGGACAGAAUUCCCGAGAAUCUUCGGAAUUUGGGGCCUAAUGAGUUUUUGUGGAUUGAUCUACUUCAAUGAGUGGGCAAUAGAUUACAAGCUCUUGGAAGUUUACGUCAGUGUUCAUAGUUUUUCGGCCUCUGAUUAAUGGACACAGACACUCAUUUAUAGUUUGUAAAAUGAGGAUGUUAGAGUUUCACUCCGUAUCUUUUUAUAAUGAGGUCUGAUCUUGUGAGAUGAUCAAUGUAUUGUGACAUUACAGGCUCAUUCAAUCGUUUGAGAAUUAUUGUUCUGUGAUAGA